AAUGUUUUGCCAAUGGAUUUUUAUAUGGAUUUUUCAAAUUGUAUUUUGUUCUUUUGAUGACAAAUAUAAUCCUGUAAAUAUCACUCUGAAACAAUCAACUGAUCAAUCAACAACUCGCCAUAGUUCACCUAGUUCAUUGGCAGUUAAUGGUAAAUUUUCACCGCAUCAAGUAGACUACCAAGUUUGUAGUCAUACGCUUGUAGGAAUUAAUCAAUGGCUUUUGAUACGUUUCGAAAGAGCUUAUAUCAUUCAAACAAUCAGGAUUUUGAAUAGAUAUAAUCAUUUGAAUAGGUUGCAACAACUUAAAAUUGGUACUCUACUCAAUAAUGAUAUUGCAGUAGUUGACAUUCAUCAAUUCCAAACAUUUGCUUUCCAUAAUCCUGUUAUUGGAGCGGCUCGUUCAAAAACAUUCAAUUAUAUUGACAAACCUCAUUACGCCACUUCCGUUAUUCUGUCUACGUUACGUAACGGUUAUAUGAUUAUUUGUCAAGUGGAAAUAUGGAAUUUGGUGAAUAUUGGUAAAAAUCAGUUGACUGCUAGCAACCGCCCAGCUGAUAAUACUCAUCUUGCAGUUGAUGGUGAAUGUAAUGCAGUCUACCGAGCGGCUGGUACCAGCAUUCUCUGCCAAUAUAUCAACCUUGGUGGAAAGUUGAUCUUGGAAAGAAAAGCGUCGUCUUUGCAGUAUCAAUCGUUGCGUUAAACGGUACUUUACAAAGAUUAAGAAAUCUUCUCGUUACACUUUCCAACCAUGACGUCAUUCCAACGAUGGAAUGCGACUAUUAGGGUUAGGGUUAGGAAUGCGACUAUUACGAAG